AUGAGUAUUUCAUGUCAACCAUGGACCCCUCUACUGUUUGAAAUCAAGGCUUCAGUCGAACAUUUGAGUGGUGCGAAUUUUAAUUUUGUACUUAUCAACCGAUACAAAGAUGGUAAUUCUUGCAUUGGACAACAUAAGGACAAUGAACCAUCUCUGGAUAGUAAUCAUCCUGUGUGUUCCCUGAGUUUGGGUGAAACGCGUACUAUAGUAUUCAAGAGGCAACACUUUCAAGAUUAUAGACUAGAACUGGAGAAUAAUUCUUUACUAAUUUUAAGCUCCCCAACAAAUGAACUUUGGACUCAUGGAAUACCUCGUCAAAAAGAACGAAAAGGUGUUCGAGUCAGCUUGACGUUCCGAAGGCUGCUAUUACCUGGUAAAAGAAAAUUUGAUGAGGAUCAAGGUCAACCCAAAAAAGGCAUGAAAUAUCAGAAGGUAAAUGACAUCUGA